GGGGCAGGAGUGGGCGUGGCCAUGGUUCUGGUGCUCCUGAUCGCCAUCCCAUUAUUGGUUCACACCACGAAAGGGGGAGGGUCUGGAGGAGGGGACACUCACUAUGAGAUGCUUGGCAGCUGCAAGAUGGUAUGUGACACUUUUACCCCCCCACAGGGCAGCCAUGAGCUGUCCGCCGUCUCCCCCCAGCCCCCAGACUUCACAGGACGGAGGGGCAAGAGUGGGUACCGUGGGAGCCCUGGACUUCCUGGACCCCCAGGGCCCAAAGGGCCACCAGGAGAACCUGGGAAACCUGGCCCUCCUGGACCCCCUGGUCCUGGCCCGGGCGGCUAUGUUCCAUCUUUGUACAGCCCCAAGAUCGCUUUCUACGCAGGCCUCCGGAAACAGCACGAAGGGAGCGAGGUUCUGAAGUUUGAUGAUGUGGUGACCAAUGUGGGAAACUACUAUGAGCCCAGUACUGGCAAGUUCACCUGCCCCCUGCCUGGCAUCUACUACUUCACUUACCAUGUACUCAUGAGGGGCGGAGAUGGCACCAGCAUGUGGGCUGACCUGAGGAAAAAUGGACAGGUGAGGGCCAGUGCGAUUGCUCAGGAUGCGGACCAGAAUUAUGACUACGCCUCCAACAGUGUCAUCCUUCACCUGGAUGUGGGGGACGAGGUGUGUGUGCAGCUGGACGGGGGCAAAGUUCAUGGCGGAAACACCAACAAAUACAGCACAUUUUCCGGCUUCCUUAUAUACCCUGACUAACAGCACUAUCACACACUGAAUCACACAUUGACUCACACACUGAAUCACACACUGACUCACACACUGAAUCACACACU